UUUGUUUGUUUGUUUGUUUGUUUCUUCUUGGCGUUUCAAAUUCGAUCAUCAGAUGCAAGAGAUAUUGAUCGCUUCCGGGUUGUUUUUUUGUUUUUUGUUGUGGCUUUCGUCUACCCGUCAUCACGAUGGCUUCUUGAUAGCAUCGACGAUGCGCCAAUAUCAACGUUUGUCGGCCUCGACUCGAUUGAUCUGGACCCUCCUCGCUAAUGUUAAGCAACACAUAUGCGUAUGUGCAUGCGUUGUUGGCGAGCCUUGGCCAUUUCACAAGCAACCGUCUUUUGCAUGAUCGAUGCUGUAGCCGAUGCGCGAUGCACGGGUCCAGGAUGAGAAAGAGUUUGUUUGGUGUUGAGGCGCGAUGGCUUGCUAAGGCUUCGAUGCGUGGAACCAAGUCUUGGUUGCCAUGAUCAAACACAAGCAUAUUGGAGGCUUCCGUCUCCCCCUCCCGCCCGCCUUAUUUUCUUUCGUCUCCGAUUCAAGACAAACGCCCCAGAAAAGGAUUUCACUGGUCGGUUUUCGCUAACGACCGCAGACAUCGGAAAGUGCAUCGAGAUGUUGGAGAAGGUCCAUGGCCAAGUCCAUGACUAUGGCUAUGGCUCUGGCUCUGGCUAUGACACUGUGCCUGGUCCUCAUAGAGUCUAGACCUCUACCAUCGUCACCGGUGACGCUGAGUGGGUAGGUACUAACUCAGCCGAGCCGGGCUGGGCUGGGUUGAGCUACUGGCAUAACCCAUCCUCGCUUCUGAAGGUGCAGUUGACGUCGAUGCAUUGCCCAGACAUUGUCAACUGAUCGCUAUUCUCGUGAUUUCGUAUUUGACGACUGCUGUGCAUCUUUUGGCCGUUUACCACACUCGCUACAAAUGUCAGGUAGUUGAUCCUCAUUAGUUAUUCUCUUCAUUUUGUCAAGGUGAUAUGGAUCAAUGAUGCUGCGAUUUCGGGUUCCAGAGGGAGGGACCCUGAUUGACACCGAUUCCCGCCAUUCUUCAGAUCGACAGGCGCGUGAUCUGUGCCCCUGCUCCGUUCGGUUCGUUCGCGAAACAUGUCAUAUUGUCGUCUCUGACUUUGUGACAUUCAAUUCAUCGAGAUGUCUUUCCAAUCCGUGUUAGUAAAGUAGCACCGUUUGGGCGCCUACCAAUGAGAGCCACAGGCUUUCAAAACGGCCAAAUCAAAAUGGGGCAAGAGGCAGGUCUAGGGUAGGCGAUGCGCACUGGGCCACACACCCAUGUGAAUGUCGCGUCUCUCUUUCAAUUAACGCGUGUCGCGUUGCUAACAGAGACUACACUACACCAACUGCUCAAACAUCGAUACAAUCCUCAAUUAAUUAUACAGCUGCCAUAUCAAGAUCCCAACAUGUCUCGGAGAGGCAUCAACCGCACUGGUAAUUCAUCUACAGAGUUACCUGAGUACGAACCACCAACAUGUCCACUCACCGAUGUUGCUCGCCGCAAGCUGCACGACUUGUCAAACACCCGCUCAACGGCUGCAUAUCAACAGCAGAUCAACGAAUCUGUCCGAUUGCUUGGCUUUAGCAUCAGUGAUAUACACGAGAGAUUGCGCGUGCAGCGUGAAGAGCUGGCCCGUCUAAAAGCCCGAAGAGAGGAGAAAGAGACAGAGAAAUCCGAGGACGAGCAACGCCUUGAAGCUCAUCUCCCUGAACUGGAGGAGCGCAUCAACACACUGACAGCGGCAUCGGAACAGGCCAUUCGUGAUAUGAUCGAUCGCAGAGCCGAAUUGGAAGAUGAAGAUGUCAUGUUCAGCGAGUUGUAUGACAAGGCCAGUGCAGAAGCUGCCCAACAAAGACAAGUGGACGCUCAGCGAGGCGAGCAGGACGGCGAACAGGACGACGAGCAGGAGCCGCUGGCUGCAACAAGCCUACUUGAAAUCUACAAAGAACUGCGCCAGAAGAAAGACGCUGAAUAUACUAAAAUGUCCGCCCACCAGCGUUAUGCUCUCAACAACGACUACGCUGGCUUCAAAAAGCUGUGGCACGAUGCUAUGGCUGGCGAUGAGGGGCCUCCACUGCCCGAUGCCUCACGCUGGUUUACUUCCGACGGCGAACCUAUCAUGACUAUUGAUGUCAAAAGAGCCGGUGCCGGGGGCGGAGACGACGACGAUGAUAUUGCUGUUGAGCGCGAGGUCAAGAGCAUUAACUGCCCCUUGACACUACAACCCAUGAAGGAUCCUUACACCAACCGAAACUGCAAACAUACAUUCGAGAAGGCCGCUCUGCUCGAGUAUCUACCCAUGCGAGGAGAGUCUCAAUGUCCACAAGCAGGAUGCUCGCAGAAAUUCACGCGUGCGCGAUUCGACCACGAGUUCUUCCAGGACCAAGCCAUGGCGCGCCGUAUCAAGCGUGUUCGUCUGGCACAGAAGCAGCAGGAAAUGAUGGACGAAGAUGACGAAGGCGACGGCGACGACGAACUUCGAGUUAGAGGCUCACAGGCUGUCCCCGGAAGGCCGCUCAAGAGGGAGAGGAGAGGAGAAUGACCACGGGUUUAGGUCAAACGUGCGAGUUUGUUCACUACGAAGACAUGAUAGAAUGAUACCCCGCCAGUGCUAGAACUGAUAGAAACCAAUCUAGCAAUUGAGAACAGUCUUCAGAUGCUGCACAUAGUUAUGUAAUAGAAUGAAAAGUGAAGAACAGAAUGGCCCGAGAGAAUCAAAGGACUUGGAUAGAAAUCAAGAGGGUAUUCCGGAAUGUGCUAUAUUUUACUCUAGAAAUAUUAUAUAUAUGACAACGUAGGGUAUCUUGAGUGUUCAUUACCCCUGCGCUAUUUGGCUCAACGAGCCUCAUGCGAAUAAGAAACAUACAAUGCGA